GAGUUCCUAGAAUGAUCACACUUUCCGCUUGAUCCUGAAUGUUUGGCUGCUCCCCUUUGUGUGGAACAGACGGAGGAUGCUGUAAUGAGAGUCGGAUGCGAGAAGUGGUUUGACCUGUAGUCCGAGUUUUCUUCCAACCGUUCCCUGCGACUCACCUGCCGCAUCCCCACCGACCUGAAAGUCCAGUUUCGAGGCGAGAGCCCAACAGUGCGCAUGGCUCAUGAGGAGAAUAAACGUCUGGUGGUGGUGGUCCCUAAUGAGAUGUCUCUCCCAUCACGCCGUUCUUUCACCAGUGAAGAUGAGGCUUGGAAGUCUUACCUGGAGAACCCACUGACUGCUGCCACCAAGGCCAUGAUGAGCAUCAAUGGAGAUGAGGACAGUGUGGCUGCCUUGGGACUGCUUUAUGAUUACUAUAAGGUUCCUAAAGAAAAGAGGCUCCUACCAGUCCCCAAACUCCCAGAAGAACACGAAAAGAGGAUGGGUCAAGAUGACAUUGAGUCCACAGACAGAUGUAUUCAAGUCCUGAAGUCAGUUCCUGUCAACCUGUCUUUGAACACUGAUGCACACAGUGCAGAGAGUAAGCAAGAUCUCUUCGGUACAGUGGCUGUUGAGGGGGGUGUUAUGGCCACUGUGAAGGCUGAGGUUUAUGCUCAGGCAUUCUCCAGCCAUCACCAACAGCACGGGCUUCAGUAUCAACGCAUGCCCUACCACCAGUCUUUGCAGGAGUCAGCGAGUGUCAGCCAUGAUGGAUACAUGAAGGACGAACAGUGCAGUACACCAGAUAGCACCUUUGAGGACUCUUAUUCUGAAGAAACGAUGAAGUAUAGGGUACCCACCACACUAGGGGCCCAUGAAUUCACCCAGGGCCAUCCAGGGGUAGAAAAGUUCCAGUACAACAUAGAGGCGAGUCGCUCAGCCCGCGAGAAGGCAAACGAGGGGCCGAUGAUCUAUCUCAACAAGGGCCAGUUCUACGGCAUCACCCUCAGUGAGACUGGAGCUAAAAAGGGCCUUCGUCAUCCCAUCAGUAAAGUGCGGAGUGUGGUGAUGGUGGUGUUUGAACAGGAGAAGUGUCGAGAUGAACAGCUUAAGCACUGGAACUACUGGCACACCCGCCAGCACACAGCCAAGCAGAGAGUCAUUGAUAUAGCUGACUAUAAAGAGAGUUUCAACACCAUUGGUAAUAUCGAGGAAAUCGCCUACAAUGCUGUGUCCUUCACCUGGGACGUCAAUGAAGAAGCAAAGGUUUUUGUUACGGUGAACAGUCUGAGCACAGAUUUCUCCUCGCAGAAGGGAGUAAAAGGUCUUCCACUCAUGAUCCAGAUUGACACCUACAGUUAUAAUAACAGGAGUAACAGACCUAUCCAUAGAGCAUACUCCCAGAUCAAAGUCUUUUGUGACAAGGGGGCUGAACGAAAAAUUCGCGAUGAGGAGAAAAAGCAGCUCCGGAAGAAGGUUAAAGGUCAAACUGUUGGUGGUCCGGGUCAUGACAGAAAGAGAGGUGGUUCUGCUACCUUACAGCAGAAGAAGUCAGAUAUUACGUUUUUCAAAACUAUGACAGACCUGGAGUCCCAGCCUGUCCUCUUCAUUCCUGAUCUCCAUUUAAACAACCUCCAGAGAGCCGGUCAGGUGAUCAGUUUUGGCAUUGAAGAAACAGAGAGUGAUGGGGUGGCAUUGAAAAGGGGGUUCAGGUCUUCAGAGGAUGAUGUUUGUUCUCCAACUGCCAAAUAUGGCAGAGACGAGAGGAGGGUCCUGCUGUAUGUAAGGAGAGAAUCUGAUGAGGUUUUUGAUGCACUGAUGCUGAAGUCUCCAACACUGACUAGUUUGCUUGAGGCAAUAUCAUGCAAAUAUUCUGUUCCUGUGGAGAAGAUGACUAAAAUAUACAAGAAAAGCAAGAAAGGUAUUCUAGUUAACAUGGACGACAACAUGAUUGAGCACUACUGCAAUGAGGACACGUUUAUUCUGGCCAUUGACAGUCAGGCUGACUGUUUCCGGAUCACUCUCACCGAAAUUUAGAAUUGGUGCACUACAUGGAUCUGUUUGGAGGACAUGGGACCUUGAAACAGCAAAGUCAUUCUGUGCUAGUCUAUUUGGCCCAUAUAUCCUCUGUUUUUGCAGAGAUAUUGCCUCCAGAAUUCAUUCACUUGGGAAUGCACUUCAGCAGCCCUGCUUUUUCAGUUGAUCUUUCAUCUGUUAUAUGCUGUCUCCCCCUUGUGGGGGAAACAUGGACACUAACUGACUUUGAGUAUGGUCAUAGUUUUCUUACACAACAUUCAGUCAUUUCCUUUAUAAAUAGUGCCCGCAGAUUAAAUGUGACUGUUAAGGGAUUAUACAUGUCUCACUAUUUCUUUCUCAUCUAUGGCAAAGAAAAAUUGUGUUGUAAAUUAUACCCACAUCAAAUAUCAUGAAAACUGGCCCAGAUGUUACUCACUGCUGUAAAUACACACUACCCUUUAUCUUAUGUGUUAUGUGGAAUGCAUGUCAAUUUUACAUAGAUUCCUUAUUGUGUUGUACGUUGAUGUUUUGAUGUCUUUUUAAAAACAUAUUUUGUACAUACUUUUUAUGCACUAUUUUAUCAGUUUGAUAAAGUCACAUGUCCAGAGAAUCUUCACUCACAUUUACUUGUUUGAUAAACUAUUAUCUGGCCAAGUGCGGU